AUGGAACUAACCGAGUAUGACAUCCAACAUGUCACUCAAAAGGCCAUUAAAGGGAGUGUAUUGUCCGACUAUCUCGCACAACAUCCCUUGGAAGACUAUCAGCCCAUGCGUUUUGAAUUUCCCGAUGAAGUUAUCAUGUUGAUUAGGGAUUGCAACAUCCCCGACCCUGAAGAAGGACCUGAGCCCGAGUCCCGUUGGACUUUGGUUUUUGGUAGAGCUUCUAACGCUCACGACAAUGGCAUUGGGGCAGUUAUCACCUCCCCUUCACCGCAAGGAUCAAAAUCCUUGAAGUUUACAGAGAUUUCAACCUUAGUAAUUAGCCAAGUCAAAGGAUAUUGGGACACUAUAAAUCACAAGCUGAUUCCUUACAAGGAGCAUGUUUUGAAACUAGUCCCUUACAUUGAUGAGAUCACAUUUCAUCAUAUCCCUCGAGAGGAGAAUCAGCUAGCUGACGCCUUGGCAACUUUGGCGUCCAUGUUUAAGGUCAAAUGGAAGAAUGAAGCGCCAUCCUUUCACCUUAGAUACUUGGAUGAGCAUGCUUAUUGUUUGGCAGUCGAAGAUGAAGCCGAUGGUUAUCCUUGA